AUGGACAAGAUCUCCCCAUGGAACGUCGUCCACAAGCUCGAGAAGCGCCAGCUUCUCGUAGCUAUCAAUUGCGUCGCGGCGCUGUCGAUUCUCUUCUUCGGCUACGACCAGGGCAUGAUGUCCGGCGUGAAUAAUUCCAAGGAUUACAUCGACCUGAUGAAGUUCGGGUAUACGAAGAUGGAAGAUGGGAAACCGACGCCUGUUGUCACCAAUUCGCUGUUGCAGGGCGGGAUUGUCUCGGUAUAUUACCUUGGUACAUUAUUUGGCGGUCUUUUUGGUGGUUGGCUUGGUGAUCGUCUGGGUCGAAUUAAGACUAUUGCGGCGGGCUCGGUGUGGGCGAUUUUGGGCGCGAGUCUGCAGUGCUCGGCUCAGAAUCAUAAUUGGAUGAUUUGCUCACGCUUCAUCAACGGUAUUGGUACCGGUAUCCUGAACGCCAUUGUCCCCGUCUGGGCAACCGAAACGGCCGAACACACAUCGCGUGGUCAGUUCAUCGCUAUCGAAUUUACCCUGAAUAUUUUCGGUGUUGUCUUGGCCUACUGGCUCGAAUUGUGCGUCCAUUCAUCACCUCCUCCGAAUGAGAUACUAACGUCUUCCAGCGGCCUCUCUUUCGUCGAUGGCGGCAAAUCCGCCUUCCAAUGGAGAUUCCCCAUCGCAUUCCAAAUCAUCUUCCUCCUCAUCCUCUUCUGCGCCGUCUGGUUCUUCCCCGAGUCCCCCCGCUGGCUCGUCAACGUCGGCCGCGAGUACGAAGCGCGGUAUAUCCUGCAACGUUUGCGCGGAAGCAGUCCCGAAGACCGCGUUCGCGCCGAGGCCGAGUUCCAGGAUAUCCAGAACAUUGCCGAGCUGGAGAAGACUGUCGUUCACGGCGGCGGUCAUUCGUAUCUCGGUAUGCUCUUCGGCUACAAGUCUGGCGACCUGCAUAUUGGCCGUCGGGUGCAGCUGGUCGUUUGGCUGCAGAUCAUGCAGGAGUGGGUUGGUAUCGCCGGUGUAACCGUCUACGCGCCGACGAUCUUUAGCAUUGCCGGAUUCGACUCCACGAAGAGUCAGUGGAUUAGCGGAUUGAAUAACAUUUUCUACAUGUUUGCCACCCUCGUCUGCGUCUUCACCCUCGACCGCAUCGGCCGUCGCUGGACUCUAUACUGGGGCUCCGUCGUGCAAGGCAUCGCAAUGUUCCUAGCCGGAGGCUUCUCGCGCCUCGCGAUCAACGCCAAAGCCGACGGCAACAUGAGCCAAGCUUCCUCCUACGGCGCGGCCGCCGCCUCCAUGAUCUUCAUCUUUACCUCCACCUUCGGUGCGACCUGGCUCACCGUGCCGUGGGUGUACCCAGCCGAGAUCUUCCCGCUAGCCGUGCGAGCUCGCGGGAACGCGUGGGGUGUUGUGGGCUGGAGUAUCGGAAACGGAUGGCUGACACUUCUCUGCCCGGUAAUGUUCGGCGCCAUCGGCGAAAAAACCCUCUACGUCUUCGCAGCCAGCAACGUCAUCACCAUUCCGAUGGUCUGGGCGCUCUACCCCGAGAGUAGUCAGCGGACACUGGAAGAUAUGGAUUUGUUGUUUGCGGCGCCGACGCCGUGGACUUGGGAUGCGGAGGAGACGUUUGCAAGGCUUAAGGCUGAGAAUCCGGGGAUGGUGCAGACUAGUCGGAAGAAUAGCGUGCUGGAUCCGGAGGCGGGGAAGGAGAUUGAGAUUGCGAAGGAUGAGAUUGCGAAGGAGGAAAAUGUUACGGCGUCGGAGCAUGUAGAUCGG